GCGAUCGUCUGUAAGCGGCCAGAAACGAACAGAAAAAAAAGACAGAUGAAGUGGUAAGUCGAGAUUUUAAUGAAUCCAGGGUUAGAAACCUUACGGGUGGAGGGACGGAACUGUAUGAAAUCCACAUCCAGAAGCACAUGACAUCCCUUCUCAAAACAAGAAGCUGUAUUGACGCCCUACUGAAUGAACCAACAUCCCCUCUUAUAGAUAUCAACUCAACAUUCAUGCACUAUGAAAAGCUGUCUUCAGACUUUAUGAACUUCCUGAAAAGAGCUAGAACAGAAGAAAGUCUAAAGGAACUUGCUACACACAAAUAUGUAUUAAAUACUCUUAAAAUGAGAAAAGACCUUAUUGUACAACAGAGAAUAUUGCUGAAACCUGCACCCCCAUCCACGACUAACCCAGAGAAACACACAGAAACACUACCUUCAGAGAAAAUUGAUAGAGAUGAAAGAUGGUCCCAGUACUCACCACACAGAUCAUCCCACAGACCAGAUGUCAGCUCAGAAUACCUUCGUACUAAGGCUAAGGCCGAAGCCGCAAAGGUCAGGCUUAUGUAUGCGGAGAAAGAGGCCCUAUUAGAAAGAGAGGCAGCUGAGAAACAAGCACAGCUCAAGAUUAUAAAGACAGAAAAGGAAUACACAGAGGCAACAGCGAAGCUUAAGGUGUUGGAUGAAUAUUUUAAUGAAAACUUGCCCCCACCAAGUAUCGAACUCCCAGGUGAACAGCUCUCAUCACGCAGCAAGGUUGAGUUAUACCUUGACAGCCAUGGACCAUCCCAACCAAAACCAUUCAGUUAUGUGCAGAGCCCAGGCCCAUCCCAGAAUCUGAGAAGUAAGCAAGUACCUAGUGUAAGCUCACUCCAUGAAACCAACUAUGACACACCUUUUGAGUCAGAACUGCGAGCUCAGGCCUCAGAGUUCAUCCCUAGUUAUCUCCCCCCUCCUGAUAUGUUUGCUUACUUCCCUCCUGUGACCCUUCAAAGGAAUAUCCGAGGAACUUUAGUGCUGAUGAGGAAAUAG